AUGGUCGUUUACUCGUUCUACAUCUUUGAUCGUCAUGCCGAGUGCAUCUACAAAAGACGUUGGCUCCCCCGUCCAACCUCGAUAGCUGGCAAAUCUUCGCGGCCUACCUCCGAGACGCCUUCUGUGAGCAAUGGGGCACCUGCGGUCUAUGGGCAAUCUGCGCGGACCAGCGAUGACGAUGCGAAGCUCAUCUUCGGUACGGUCUUCUCCCUCCGCAACAUGGUCCGCAAACUAGGCGGUGAGGAUGACAGCUUUGUCUCCUAUCACACCAGCCAAUACAAGCUUCACUAUUACGAAACGCCCACGAACAUCAAGUUUGUCAUGCUUACUGACCUGAAGAGUCCAAGCAUGCGAAUUGCCUUGCAACAGAUCUAUAUCAACCUGUUUGUCGAAUAUGUGGUUAAGAAUCCAUUGUCCCCUGUCGAACACCCUAAUGGAUUGGGGGUGAACAACGAGCUGUUCGAAGAGUCUCUGGAACAGUUUGUGACACGGGUUUUGUCUUAA